AAAAGCUUCUCGCUAUCAAAUCUCUGUCCCUUGUGGUAAGAACAGAGCAAGUAGAGAUCUCUUUCUCUCUCUGUCUCGCUCUUUGUGUUUUUCUUGUUUAGUGUUGAAAGAGCAAGAUGUCUAUAAGAAGAAUCUAUCGAUGUCUCAAUUCUUUAAUCAAAAGAUCAUGUGCUCGAUCUUUUUGAUCAUACGUCCCAUUUCACACUUUGUUUCAGCUCUCAGGUUCUCAGUUUUUUUUUCUCUCAUUGUUGUUUGUUUCACUUGAGAACAACCCCGUUGAAUUCCAUCGAAUAUAAGUUACUAGAUUAAGAAAGCUAAGACUCUGUGAAGAAUCAAGAAUGGUGAGAACACCAUGUUGCAAAGCUGAAUUAGGGUUAAAGAAAGGAGCUUGGACUCCCGAGGAAGAUCAGAUGCUUGUAUCCUACGUUAACCGUCACGGUGAAGGUGGAUGGCGAACUCUCCCUGAAAAAGCUGGACUCAAGAGGUGUGGCAAAAGCUGCAGACUGAGAUGGGCCAAUUAUCUAAGACCUGAUAUCAAAAGAGGAGAGUUCACUGAAGAAGAAGAACUCUCUAUCAUUUCUCUUCACGCCCUUCAAGGCAACAAAUGGGCUGCUAUAGCUCGUGGAUUACCUGGAAGAACCGAUAACGAAAUCAAGAACCACUGGAACACUCAUAUCAAAAAACGUUUAAUCAAGAAAGGUGUCGAUCCAGUUACACACAAGAGCCUCAUCUCCAGCACCAGUAACGAUGAUCUUGGUAAUAAUGAUAAGGUGAAGAAUGAAGACAAGAAGUCGGGACUGUCAUCAGCUAGGUUCUUGAACAAGGUAGCAAAUAGAUUCGGGAAGAAAAUCAAUCAGAGUGUUCUCUCUGAGAUUAUAGGAAGUGGUGGCCCACGUACUACUACUACUACUACUACAAGUAUCACCGUUGACUCCGAAUCAGAUAAGUCAACGAGUUUUUCCUUCACCCCAACCUCGUAUCUACUCCAUCAGAUGACAGUUAAUGGUAAAGGUAACGCUACGUCGCCUACGUCCAUGUUCUCUGGUUCCUCCGUUAACGAUCCUUUAAUGAACUGUGAUAGUGAUGAUAAUAUCGGACUCUCAGGAUUUCUGAAUGAUCAACAUUUAAUGAUGUUGGAAGAGUCUUGUGUUGAGAGCACUAAGUUCAUGACAGAACUUACGAGGUUUCUUCACGAGGAUGUGAACGAUGACGUCGAGUUGACGCCGGUCUAUGAAUAUCAAGACGAUUUCGAAGAGAUUGAUAAAUAUUUUGCAUGA